AAACUUCCUUGUGUUACCCAUAAUGGGUCCGAUCUUCUGUAAGGCGUGGUGUGUAGGCAGGCAGAUGAAGACGAAGAAGACUAAAUUCCAAAACAGGGUUUAAUAAUAAAGUUCCAACAGGCAGGGACACACACACAACUGAAACGACACCGGACACUGAACUGGUGACAGUGUGACAGACGUCACUGUCCAGUUCAGCUCACUUUCUGUUCCAGAGCUUUUCACAUUAAACACAGUUUCACAGCAGAGAUCUUUCUGAUCACUUCUUGUCUUGACUUUAGUGACUGUCAGUGAAAUGCAGAGCUGUAUCUUAGUGUCAGAAAUAAAUACUCAGUUCAGAUCAGAGGAAGUUCACAACCACAGGAGGAGCUGAUGAUGAUUAAAGGAGGAGCUGUAACUAUAUAAUGAAGAGAAAGACUGACAGAAACAGAAAAUGGCUGAUAAGUGUGAUCUGUGUCUGCUGGGACUGAUCAUUCUCUCUUCACUUCUCACAGGUACCAGUGGAGUGGAUGAUGAUCAUGUGUUCAUCGGUUCUGGUGAAAAUGUCCGUCUGCCCUGUAAUAAUGCUCUUUCUGACUGCAAAUCAACUACAUGGAACUAUAACAGUUUCAGACAUUCAGCAGCAGUUGAACUGAUUAUUGGAGGGAUAAAGAAGAAAGACACAGAGAGACAUGAGAGACUGAGUCUGGGGUCUGACUGCUCUCUGAACAUCAAGAACGUCACAGAAGAAGAUUCUGGAUUUUACACCUGCAGACAAUAUGUGAAUGACAAACAACAAGGAACUGAUGCACGUGUUUCUCUGCAUGUUCUUCAUCUUUCAGUGUCUCCAUCAUCAUCAUCAUCAUCAUCCUCACAGACUGAGAUCAGUCCAGGUCGCUCUGUGACUCUCUCCUGUCAGUUGUAUUCAUAUGCUGGAUUCUCCUGUGAUCAUCGGGUCCGUUCUGAUGGACUUCAGCUGUUGUGGGUGAAUCAGACUGGUGUUGAUCUGAAGACAGACUCCAGAUAUCAGAUAUUAUUCUCAUCAGAUCGCUGUAUCAUCACUCUGACUACAACACUCCUGAAUGAAGAUGACAACAGAGAGUGGAGAUGUCAGCUUACUCUCAGAAAUCAACUCCAGACCUCAGUCAGAUACACUGUCAAGUAUUCAGGUGAAGCAUCUGAACAUUCAUCUUCUGCAGUAAAUUCAACAACACUGAUUCCAGUCAGCAGCUCAAACUCUGAGAAGAAAUCAAGCCAAACUACAGCAGCAGCUCCUACACAAGAGAAUCAGAAGUCAUUAAAUACCCCAAACUCUGAGAGGACAGCAGCUGCACAAACACCUGGAUUUACUGAACAACAAGUUGUAACAUCAACUACAUCAACACUGACUCCAGAUGUCACACCAGUCUCUCUGAAUCCAGUGAUUGUGAUUGUGAUUGUUGUCGCUUCAUUCGCUGUUCUCCUUCCUGCUCUUAUUCUCUGGAUGAUUCGCAGAAAAAGAGUCGAUAACAGAAGAGGAACUGAUGACUCUGAGGAGCAGACAGAUGAUCAUGUGACUUAUUCUGAGGUCACUGCAUACAGUAAAAACAGAGACAAAAAGUACAAGGUUCGCUGUGAUGAUAAAGUGACUUAUGCUUCCAUCAGAGGAGCAAAAGCUGGAUCUCAGGAAAACUGCAGUGAACUUUAUGCCUCUGUGAACAAGAACAUCACAAAUCAGUCAAAUAAUUACACAAAAACCACAUGAGCAGAAGAAUAUGAAUCUAAUAUAACUGAGUCCUAAUGGUGUCAUUCAGUGCCAUUAUAAAUACUUUCAAUGUCUUUUACAUGUUAACAAACAAACCCAAGUGAUGCUCUGAUUUAUUUGUAGUUAUUGGUUAUUUUUCUCAGUUCAGCAUGUUUUUUGUAUAGUUUCUGUUUGCUUGUUGAUCAGUUAAUGCUAGUGUCUUUAUUAUUAAUUCAGAGCUGCAGGUUUGUACAAAGUCUAGAAAAUGAGGACACUUUUACUCUCUUAUUCUCAUUAAAUCAUGUAUUUUCUCCAGCAGUUAAUUAACUGUCAGCUUGCACUAAUUAUGAGAACAGACAAAGCUAAAUGAUGAUGUAAGCGUUUAUCACAUGACAGGAAUGAUAAUUUGGUGUUUGAACUGUUUGAUCAGCUGCUUUCAGCAAUGUUUGUAAUAUUAUAUUUUAUUUGUCAAUAAUAAAAUAGUUAUUGUCAAACAUG